AAUAGGCCAGCAGCUCGAAACUAUUACCCAUUCCAACGUCAUUCUUCCUCUGUAGUCGCUCCGCUAACUUUCACUUGCUUUCUCUCCCACUCCUCCAAACCGCUGCUGGAUGAUAAGCCGAAAACCAUAUUUUAAUCCACACUAAGGCUCAAGUCAAACUGGUAUGAUCAUCAUUUUGUAGGAGAACUGAUAUACGAAUAAGACUCAAGAAUUUUUGCCCGAAGUUAAACAAAGUGCAUUUUAAAAAUGCCUUCCGCGGAAGAGAUUCUUCAGGGGUUUAGAAUCAAUUGGAUGAAGUUGAGGGACUCUGACACGGGUGCGGUUCUGUGGGAAGCUCAUGAUGACCUGUCCCUGCCAGACGUGGAACACGAAGCCAGGGUUCCGAAAAGUGUGUUGCAAUGCAGAGCAGUGUCCCGAGAAAUCAAUUUUUCCUCAGUAGUACCAAUGGAAAAGUUCCGAAUUGAACAAAAAGUAUUAUUCAAGGGUCGGUGCAUUGAAGAAUGGUUUUUCGAAUUUGGCUUCGUUAUUCCUGAAUCUACAAACACUUGGCAAAACUUGAUAGAAGCAGCCCCUGAAUCUCAAAUGAUGCCCGCAAAUGUGCUAAAUGGGCACAUAGUGAUAGAGACAAAGUUUUACGAUGCCGAUUUCCUAGUCUGCACAUCAAACGUCAGAAUAUUUUAUGUUUAAUUAUUUUGCAUUUUCCAAAAUUUCCAUUUUAUGCAUUCCAUAUUUUUCUUAUAAAAUUGUGUCCACCACGGCUUUUAUCCUACUUUAAUUAGGUGAUUUAAUUUUUAUCAUGAUUCAUCAGCUAUUUUGUAAUUUUGUAAUAUUCCUAUGAAUAUAAUAGUCAAUCACAUUUUGUAUGGGACACCAUCAUCUUCUUUCUUAAACAAUGCUUCACACAUGCUAUUAUGUUUGUUUAAAUACUUUUUGUGGGAUGUAACUGCUCGUGUAAGUUAAAAACAUAGAUUACUCAGGAUGCUCAUCUAGUCAUUAAUAGAUAGAUAUAAAAAAGUUUUUAUAUUGCUCUUUUCGAGUUGGUUUUUUGCCAUUUCUGCUUGAUACAUAUAUAUGUAUAUGCAAGGUAGAUUGAUACAAUAUAGCUUUUAGAACAUGUAAUAUUGAACUGUACAGUGGUAAUAAAAGAAAGAACCAGAA